AUGAGUGCGGGUCUGGACGUGGUUGCACUUGCGCGGCGGCUCCGGGAUUUGAAUUUCGACGAGAGCACUAUCGUGCAGAUAUGCAAACAGGAGCGUGAGGAGCAUGAGCGCAAGGAGAAGGAGGAGCGUGAGCGCAAGGAGAAGGAGCGUGAGCGCAAGGAGAAGGAGCGUGAGCGCAAGGAGAAGGAGCGUGAGCGCAAGGAGAAGGAGCGGCACACUUGGGUUCGAAAGGCGUCUCCAAUUGAGGCAGCAGCUUAUUUGCCUGUAAAGCCACCUUCCGAGACUCCAAGGAUUAGUGACAUCAACAGCAAUGACAAGAUCUUUGGCAUUGUGGUGCUGCCUCCGAGCUCUCAUUACUUGGCCCUUGAGAUCGUUCAGCAAGCUGAAGCGCUGUUGUCUCCUGCUGUCAUUCCGCCUCAAGAAGGCAUCCAUACCGAUUUGAUAUCCGCAUAUUCGCGCCUCAGCCAUGUGCACGCGACCCUUAGGCACGAGCCUUACUUCUCGGCGGUUAUUACACCGGCUUUGCACGAGCACUUUGUCACGACUGUACUCAGCCCUGAGCAGGGACCAGUCAGCAAGGUCGUGCACUUUUCACACCAGGCAUCAAUCGGCAGCGGCACCACGCAUGUUGAUUGGCUGGGAGUUGACUCCCAGUGGCAUCCGGUUGUCAUGGGCGAUUGCAAAAUGGAACGCAAACACUUUGACGACUUUGGUGGCCAAGUGGGCAACGAGGUUGUGCGGCUUGGCCUCCUGCCGACGGAAUACGAUAUGCGACAGAAAAGACAACACCUGUUCUAUCCUCUCACCAACAUCAACGUGUGUAAGGACAUUGUGACCGCCUAUCUGGUCCUGCACGUGACGCGCCCAGAGGAGGUUACGAUGGUUGCAGACAUGAAGGGCCUGCCCAAAAACAGCAAGGCAUACUAUCUGGCUUUUCUCCGACUUGGAUCCGCCAAAAUUUCGACUGACCCCGAGGACCAGCGAGCUGUCUGGGCGCUUUUGACAGCUUGCAAGGAAUUUGUCACGGAGCGUCUGCCGAGCAUUAUCGAAGACGGUCUUGGCAGUACGCCCCAACUGACCCUCGACCGCGAGCCCUUCCCCUGCCCGGAUCGGGGCAUGAAAGGUUGGACCUGUGGCGCCACGUAUGGGCCCAAUGUGCAGCUUUAUGAACAUCAGUCGGAGUCGUGGGUCCUCAAGCACUACGACUACUGGGGUCGCCGAUCUGGGGCUUUUAGCACAUCUUUGUACCAGAUUGCUCCCACGGAUGUUCGCGAGCCACCGUGCAAGUUGCUGGAAGCGCUUGGCGCGUUGGAAAAGACUGGCAAAUUUUAUAAGACGUGGGUGGUGGAAACCCUCGCGGAGGGUGUGACGCUCCUCCGAUACCCGCGGGUGAAGACAGUUCCAUGCGGCCGCAAUGCGCACAAACAGCUGGCCAGCGUUGUUGAGCAGGUGCAAGCGUUGCACAAGCUUGACAUUGUGCACGGCGACAUCUUGCUCCGCAACAUACUUUUUUGCAACAGCUGGCAGCUGGAGGAUUGGAUGACCAAGCCGCCAGGCUGGAAGAUGGAAGAUCAAACCAACGACGAGGAUGAACCGCCGUCCCCAAGUCGAGCGCCCUCACAGAAUGCAGAAGUGGUUUCAACGGAAGUGGCCUCGGCGGAAAUGGCCUCGCCCUCAGAGGAAGCGGCCGCGACAACUGAAGAAGCGACAGCAGAGGCGCCGGUGGCUUUCCUGAUUGACUUUGACUUGAGUCGCCAUGAAGGCGAACCAUAUGUGUCUGGUUACAACUACACAGGCAAUCUCAAGCAUUACCGUCACCCUGAUGCUCGCCCAGAUGAGAAGAUCGAAAAGUCUCAUGAUGGCUAUGCAUUGGCUCGCGUGGCUGAGCGCAUUCUUGUGGCAAAUGGUGCCCGUGAGAAUCUGAUCAAGGCGUUGGAGGAUUUGCGAUUCGAUGAUGCGAUCAAAUUGUGCAAUGAGUGUACUGGCCUUCAAACAGUGGAAAUGGUCUUCUCGGCGUCGUCAGCUGCCGCCCGUCGAGGAACCCUCUCGUACACUCUGGGUGUGUUUAGCCACCAGAUUAUAAGUAUGGUCCCGCUGACCGUGGCAGAUGGCCUGGACGUGCUCAUCGUAACGACCGACAUGUUUGUCCGCGUGGGAUCUGCAUCGCUACACGGAAAGGUCUGCCUUCAGCGCAUCCGCACUGUGGUGAUGGACGAGGCGCACACGCUCAUCUCGGAUGCCAGCUACCGAGAUGUGAUGGACGAAGUCGCAGCCAGUGUGGGUUCUGGCGGAUGGACCAACAUCAAACGCGUGGCGUUGACGGGCACACUUUGCAUCGGGGACCAGGAGCAUCUGUUUCGAAAGCUGGGGCAGCAAGUGGGGGGCAAGGUGUACCGUCUGGAGACGAUGCGUCGCGAUCUGCAGCUGCGUGUGCUUCACGGAAACCAGCUUGAUUUUUUGUCGCAUGUGCAAGCCAUUGUGGACACGCAGCGGGUGAUGCGUCAGGCGAAUGGGGAGCGUGUGCACAUGAUGGUCUUUUGUGACACUGUGAACGAGGUGAAGCUGCUGUGUGACCAGCUGCACGCACGCGGCUACGUGGCCUUGCCCUACUACACCGACCUGGAGGAGAAGGCGCAAAAGGACCACGUGGUACAGUGGCAACGGGGUGAAUGCGACGUCAUUGUGGCCACCAGCUGCCUCAGCACGGGUGUGGAUCUGCUCACCAUUCGCCACGUGCUGUGGUAUGGCAACGGCUACAACGUCUAUACGCUGGCCCAGGCAUUUGGUCGGGCUGGUCGCGAUAAACAGGGUGGAACUGCCGAGCUGUGGCUACCAGUGAGACGUGGGCCAGCACCAGGCAUGGAAAAGUUUGUCGAGGGCAAUGCGUGUCGCAGCUGGGCGCUCGGCAAGUUGCUAGAUCCCCGCGCCGCGACAUGCUUUGCUGCCGGCCAGCCGCUUUGUGACGUGUGCGCAGGAACAGCACAGCGCCUGGAGCCAGCAAUAGCUGCGCGCCAGCAGCGCGCUGCCCAAGCGUUGAGUGUGGCGCAUGUGGAAGCAGAGCCCGAGGCGAUGGCGGAGGAGGAAGAUGUGUUGUCUGAGCCACCUGCAGCACGGCUCGAGGAAGAAGAAUCGAUCGGGCCAGGGUCCACCUUGGAUGUAACUUUAGCAUCGAACAUUGACACGGCAGCAUCCCCAGGAUCAGCUGCCGUUGCAGCGCAGUCGAGCAGAAGCACUCCACGUGCCCAAGACACGGCUGUGGUGGCGACAAAUGCAGGGCCAAUGACGGAUGCUGCUGUGCCACGGAUACAGACGAGUGAUGCUUGGAUUGAUGAGGCAGAUACAGCAUCCAUGUCGGUGCCAGCUUCACCCAUGGUCUCUGAUGCUGAUGACGAGGCGCCUAUACAGCAAGAGGCGCGCGACCCGGAGCAAACCACGUUGGCAGAGGGCGAGAGCACGCCACAGCCAGUCAUGCAGUCAGCAGCACAGCCAACCCCCACGAAACACACGCCAACCCCGUCGGCCUCGAUCAUUUGCGUGCCAGUACCAUCGGCCUCGGGUUCAACCUCCUCUCCGGCGCGAUCGGCUGCAAGCUCAGCCUCGGGUACACUGCGGCGUAAGCGAGUGCCGCUGGCAGCUGAAAGUACAUCUACCCCUGGGUCUGACGAUCAUGACGACGAUGGCAACAGCAUCGCUACCAGCCCUGCGCCCUCAACAUCCAAGCGAUCGGCAUCGGAUGGCACGAGCACAGCUGCUGCUUCUUCAACAGCGGCGCAAGCAGCGGAGGCGCCUCUUCCGCAGCAAAACGAGCAGCAUCGAGUGGCACGCGCACCGCUACCGUUGCCGCUACUGCUACCACUCGCUCUGAAGCCACGGUAUCUGCUGCGGCUACGCCACCGAAUCGGCACAACGUCGCGCCAAUAUUUCGGUCGAAAUCAGGAACAAAAAAAAAAUAUCUGA